AUGGCACGUACCAAGCAAACCGCCCGCAAAUCGACCGCCGGAAAGGCUCCACGUAAGAACCUGGCCACGAAGUCAGCUCGGAAGGCAGCACCAGUCGCCGGAGGCGUCAAGAAGCCGCAUCGUUUCCGUAAAGGAACCGUCGCGCUUCGCGAGAUUCGUCGUUAUCAAAAAUCGACGGAGUUGCUAGUCCGCAAACUUCCGUUCCAACGACUUGUCCGUGAAAUCGCGCAGGAGUUCAAGACCGAUCUUCGCUUCCAAUCAGCCGCGAUCGGCGCCCUUCAAGAAGCUUCCGAGUCUUAUCUCGUCGGUCUUUUCGAGGACACCAACUUGUGCGCCAUCCACGCUAAACGAGUCACCAUCAUGCCGAAGGACAUGCAACUGGCUAGAAGAAUCAGAGGGGAGAGAACUUGA